ACACACUGCGAACGUUUUCGUGUGAACGCGUGAUUGUUAAAAGUUGCAUAUAUUUUUCGAGGUCGUGGCAAACGUCGGUAUUGUUGAUUUUACAAACUCAUUCGGUAUCAAACACCUCAACUUUUCGGUUCGGCGGUUAUAACCAUUCACAUAGAUACCCGCCUGUAACAAGCAACUAAAUCAUUUGUCAUUUUUCAGCCCAACAUGGACUUGGUAUCUGAUCAAAACAAAAAAUUGAAAUACCCAAAGUCCAUAUGGYUUAUCGUACUCAAUGAAUUAUGCGAACGAUUUACCUAUUACGGAAUGAGAACCGUCUUGGUACUGUACCUGACAACAAUAUUGAAGUUUAACGGUGACGAUUCGACGAUAAUAUAUCACAGUUUUGUAUUUCUGGCGUACUUCAUGCCGCUGCCUGGUGCUAUCCUUGCUGACUCUUAUUGGGGAAAAUUCAAAACGAUUAUGUAUUUGUCAGCGAUUUAUGCRUUGGGAAACACUGUGCUCACCGGUGCUUCGAUGGCAGAUAUGUUUAGCCUCCACGUUCAAAAAAUCAUUUCUUUACUCGGAUUAUUUUUAAUAUCCGUCGGCACUGGGGGCAUAAAACCGUGCGUUUUCGCGUUCGGUGGCGAUCAGUUCCGUUUGCCUGAACAAGAAAAACAGCUGCUACACUACACUACCAAGUUCAUGUUCGCAAUCAACGUUGGCGCAUUAUUUUCGACGUUUCUGACGCCCGAAUUGAGGCAGAGCGUACACUGUCUUGGCAGAGACACGUGUUUUCCGUUGGCUUUCGGUGUGCCGGCCGUGCUCAUGUUGACUACCAUCGUGUUAUUCGUAUCUGGGAAAAAAAUGUACGUGAUAAAGAAACCGGAACACAACGUCAUCGGCAGGACAUUCGGUUGCAUUUUCUACGCGCUGCGCGCGAAGAUGACGUCACGGGCUCCGAGCCAAACACACUGGCUGGAAAACGCUAAGGGAGUGUACACCGAAACGGAAAUAUCGGAUACGAAGACAGCCCUGGACGUGAUCCGCGUGUUUGUGGCUUAUCCGGUGUUUUGGUCGCUAUACGAACAACAGGGUUCCCGAUGGACGUUACAAGCCAUGCUGAUGAAUGGCCGCGUGGAAUUUUUAGACUGGACAAUCAAACCAGAUCAAAUGCAGACACUUGUACCAUUGUUCGGACUGACGUUUCUCGUUCUCUUCGACGUUGCUUUAUAUCCGUUACUCGCUAAGGUUGGCAUCCGGAAACCUUUACAAAAGCUCACGUUGGGCGGUGUCUUGGCCGUCAUAGCAUUUACAAUCGCAGCCCUACUGCAGUUUAAAAUUUUUGGUGACAACACUGAGAUACCGUCUGGACAAGGUCGCCUAAACAUUUACAAUGGAUUCGAUUGUAAAGUAUUCGUACGCUCGAGGACGUUAGACGUACAAGAUCACAUCGGUCCUCUGGAAAUGAUCAACGUUACUCAUACAGUCGUGUCGCGGGAUGACAUCUUCAUCACAUUAGAAUUUGAACCCGAGUGCUCAUUUGUACCAGAUAACUACGAGUUCGAUACCACCGUGACGAUAAUCGAAGGAGAGGUGAAUUCUUAUCACUUGGUCAAUUCAAAUCCGAAUACAAUCACAUUAAACAACGUUGGCAUUAGUGACAGUUUGGUUAAAGAAAAAUUUGGAAAUCCUAACUUGAGAAUUUUUAUCGAUUACACAUUUGAUUUCGACGAUAAUAUCACUUUGACUAGUGCAGAUCAAAACUCGUUUACCUCGUACUCUCUCUCUCAAUUUCGAGGGAUGAACUUUAAUGCUGUUAACGUGGGGAAGUAUAAUUUAGUGUACAAUGGAAAAGUAUUGGACAUUCCACCUGUGGACAUUAUACCAGCAACGUUUUAUACACUCACUUUGCAACGAAAUGGCGAUAAAAUGGAUGUGCGAUUAUUUACCGAGAAUGAAGGAAACUAUAUUCACAUUCUGUGGCAGCUACCACAAUAUUUGUGUAUGAUUAUUGCAGAUGUCAUAUUUGUGGUCACKACAUUAGAAUUUUCGUUCACAGAGGCCCCGAUAAACAUAAAGUCAUUCAUAUCUGCUGUAAGUUUACUGACAACGGCAUUGGGAAAUUUGUUGGUCGUAAUCAUAUCGACAAUAUCGAUUAAGAAUCAGGCACACGAAUAUCUUCUCUACUCCGGUAUCAUGCUUGCUGAUACGCUGUUAUUGGCCUAUUUCAGUAUUGUUUAUCGGAGUAAGAAUACCAACGAAACUACGGCAAUGUCACAUACCGAAUACAAAAAGGAAGAAAUUACUGUUUUCGACUGAGCUAUUGUAUUAAAUUCCGCUUACUUUACGCCCAAACUCGAAAAAUUUAUAUUCCAUGUUGGACUACAUUGUUUUAAAACGUAUUGUAAUAUUAAUAAAUUACGCGUUCUGAAACCUAUUAUUGAUUUACAAAUUAUUAUAGAAUCAAAAAAUAUAAUUACAUUAUAUUAUUAUGUAUGUAUAUGGUCAUAUGGAUACGUUACAGAUUUGGAACUCAAAAUUCGUCAAAACUGAUUUUAACUAUAGGUAGUUAAAACUUGAAUUAACCACAACUCUCAAAGUUUAAACUAGUUAAAGCUUUUUUUAUUUAGACAUUUUAACUUGGAGUUAAUUGUAGUUUUAACCACUUUAAAUCAAUCUCGACGGAWUUUGGGUUUUAACUGUAACAUAUA